CGAAAAAAUAACUCUACAACAACACUGAUUGUACUAGUGAUAUACAACAAUAAUAUACAACAAAAUGGGUUUGCUUGAUUUUAUUAGAGGUCUCAGAAAGUCUGAUAAGGAAGCUCGUAUUCUUAUUCUCGGUCUUGAUAACAGUGGUAAGACUUGUUCCUUGAAGUGUCUUGCUGGUGAAAAGGAAGAAAUUUCCACAGUUAUGCCAACCCAAGGCUUUAACAUUAAAUCUGUUCAAACCGGAAACGUUAAACUCAAUGUCUGGGAUAUUGGAGGUCAAAAGGCUAUUAGACCAUACUGGCCAAAUUACUACAAGAAUGCUGAUGCCAUCAUUUACGUUGUGGACUCUACUGAUAGAAACCGUUUUGAAGAAGCAGGUUUUGAACUUGAUUGUUUGCUGAAAGAUGAAAAUCUUGAUGGUAUUCCAUGUUUGGUUUUCGCUAACAAGCAAGAUAUUCCACUCAUUGCUGCAAGUGCUGCUGAAAUUGCUAAGGUUUUGAAUUUGCACGCUAUUAAGGGAAGAGAUUGGCACAUCCAAGCUUGUUCUGCUAAGACAGGACAAGGUCUCGAUGAAGGUAUCCAAUGGGUUCUCGGAAAGCUCGAUCUUGUUGAUUCUAAAUAAUUUGUAUACUAUCAAAAUAAAAACAUUAAUUCAAAAC